UUUUGCUCUCAGUCGGCCAUUGAAAACCAAGUUCCACGAUGAAAUUUUGGGAUAGUUUUUUAACGUGGUUGAAAAUUAAAAAGAAAGAAGCUAAUAUUUUAAUUGUAGGUUUAGAUAAUUCGGGAAAAUCGACUGUUGUUCAAUAUUUUCAAUCGGGAGGCAAACGAACGGAGGUGACUGUUCCCACCAUCGGAUUCAAAGUGGAAAAGUUUCAAAAUGCCGGGUUAACUUUAACGGCAUUUGACAUGUCUGGCCAAUCAAAAUACCGGUCGUUAUGGGAACGUUAUUACAGUGAUUGUCACGGCGUCAUUUUCGUGAUCGACAGCAGUGACACCAUGCGGAUGGCUGUCGCUUCCAACGAACUUUUACUCAUGAUCCAGCAUCCGGAGAUGGUCAAAAACCGUUCAACAACAACACCAACAACUGGUGUACCUAUUUUAAUUCUAGCCAACAAGAGCGACUUGCAAGUGGCCAUCCCGAUCGGUCAGAUUCGUGCCGAGCUGGGAUUGGACGAAAUUGACACACACCCCAUCCAUCUUGAGGCUUCCAACGCUUUGACCGGUGUCGGCCUACACGCCGGACUUGAAUGGCUAUCUGACCAGAUUAUUAAAUUAAAUUUUUAAACAUAAUUUUUCCAGCUCCAGAGUGUGUGUGUUGUAUUUCUUUUAUGGAA